CAUGUAAAGCUUUGGGUGACAUGGCAGGUUGGAUGGCGGUUGCCUCGGGUAUCUGCUCUCCUGGUAUUGUACGUCUAAAGGAAACUUGGAGGAGGGUUAAUGAACAGUGGCGAAGUAUUGUCAUAAAUGAUUGGGUGCCAAUUCUGUCAUCAUUAGGUGGUUUGUACGGAGAAAUUGAUCACGAAAACUUGAACUCGUUGCAAUUAGUCAUACAUGAUAAAAAGGAAAAGAGUAAGACGAAGUCGAUCCCUUAUUUCGGUUUUAUUACUCUUACCUUGGAAUAUUUAAAUUCAACGAUUCCUUCGGUAAUUGAUCGGAAUGUCGGAGAAACGAGCCGUGUCGGUUCAAGAAAUAACAGUAUUUCAGGAAUGGGCGUUAUAAAUUUCGAAAAAUAUUGGCAAAUUUAUGAUACCAUUAUCUCGUCACUUGAUCAGUGGGAUUCAUGUGGAGAUUACAUGAACUAUGACAUCUCACUAUGCCCAUUUUCACCAUCAACCCCUUUACAAAAAUACUUCCAUAAUUUAAAUUCCAUCCCAGCUUCUUCUACUCUGGAUGCAUGGCAACUUUUUGACGCUUCUUUAAUGUGUGAACCUCGACUUCAUGGUCAAUAUUUAGAAUAUCAUGCUCGUCAACGCAAGACACAUUCUGCCUAUAUUCCGUUG